AUGUCUGGCUUCGCCGAUAACUGGAAAGAACUGUCCGGGGACAAUCUCUGGGAUGGUCUAACAACUCUCGACCGAGACCUCCGCCGCUAUCUCAUUCAUUACGGUGAAACGACCGGAGCCAUCGACGACGCCUUCAUUGACAUCGAGGCCACAAAACCCGAGUUCAUCGGACGUCCCCAACAUGGAAAGGCAAAUCUAUUCGAGGAGGUGGGGUUGGUGAAAGGCAAUCCAUGCACGUACAACGUGAAGAACUAUGUGUAUGGAUCAUCAAAAGCGGCACAUCGCCAAUCCAACUUGAUGGCUUACGUUGCAGUGUCAAUCGAUACAGAAACUAUAGCGUUGGGGAGGAGGGACAUUCUGAUUGCCUGGAGAGGAAACCAGUUACCGUCUGAAGCUCCUGUCAACAAACUCGGCAAACAACGCUCGGCUACUGCAAUUGUUGGAAACGAGUUUUCCCUGCUGGUGAAUAAUAAAUCGAUUGGAGUAGAGGUGCAACUUAACUCAACCAAUUCGCCCUACUUGAAGAAUGCGAAAGAACACGCAGGCAAGUUGGAGGUUUACUUGCACUUCGUUGCAUCACAACAAGGGGUCAACGGCGCAUUCAUUCUGAAUAAUGGUCUCCGCGAUGUCCUGAUGGUGAACAAAAGACCGAACGGUCUUAACUAUGACAAAUUAGGAUAUAUACAAGUUGUCCCUAUUUGGAUUUUACACAAGUUCAUGGUUCAGAAUGAGAAUGGACGCUGGGAGAUGAAGGAUGAUCCCGUGGAUGACGAUUAG